AACUUCUACCACAUCAAGAGAAGAACAAGAGAAGAACAAAGAAAAACAGCAAAUUAUGUCACUUUACGGUGAUUUACCUCCUCCCACACAUUCAGCUCCCAGUGUAGACAAAGAGGAAACACAACAAUCCGCAACGGAAACGCAAUCAGCGAGUUUGAAAUCAAAAUCUGCACUUCCAGUUGGUUGGACUCCAGGAACUUUACGUUUUAUGCCUACUAUUCAAAGAAAACCUGUCAUUCAAGCAAAGCCAAAACUCAAUAAGGUCUCUGUAACGUCUCCUGCCAACCUGCCUGCUGUAUCGACUUCUCCAAACCAGAACGUUGCUUCAACUUCUAGUCUUAACAGUGUUAAUUCAACUCCUCCUCCUAAUACUGUCACUACUGAUAAUGUACCCAUCGCUACGCCUGGUUCUACGUCAAUUUCUUCUCCAAAACAGUUUUCAACUUCCGAUGAUGUCAAUGAUUAUAAAUCCCAUUUGAAUAAUCAACGCAAUCAACGCAGCACCUUUGAAAAAGGCAAAAAACAAGGAAAAGGUACUAAAAGGCAAGCUCCUUUAUCCCUAGAAGAUGAUUAUGACCCUACACGCCCAAAUGAUUAUGAGGAAUUUAAAGAAUAUGAAAAAAGACGUAAAGAAAUGGCUUAUUAUGAAGAGCAUUCCAGACGCAGGUCAAUGAGUCCUGAAGAAAAGCAACGUUCACCACCUCGUUCAUUCCCCCCUCCUCCAUUAUUGUAUUCAGAAACUCCAUCAUCAAUUGUUGAUACACCUAUGCAAGAAGCUCCCAGACCACGUUCUCCGCCUGUCAAAAUCGAUUUAGAUAUAACUGGCGAAGAAGCAUUUUUACGAAGAGCACGGCUGAGCAACCGCGUUAAUGAGACAGUCCAAAAAUCUCCUGAGCCAAAAACUACAUCUGGUUCAGGCCCAAGUGAUGAUUUUGCUCAUCGAAUACUUGCUAAAUAUGGCUGGCAAGAAGGCCAAGGUUUAGGAAAAGAUGAACAAGGUAUAAAUGAACCUUUGAAGGUCCAAAAAACGGACUAUAGGUCAGGAAUCAUCGUUAAUACGUCCACUAAUACGCCGGAAGCGAAGUCUCAAGUGAAAAGUGAAAUAAUUUCUCCAAAUUUUGAAAUUCCUUCAAGGGUAAUUUUAUUGACAAACAUGGUUGGUCCUGGCGAAGUGGAUGAUACUCUUCAAGAAGAAACAGCAGAUGAAUGCAAUGAAAAAUAUGGACCUGUAGAACGCUGUCUUAUCUUCGAGGUACCUCAUGGCAAGUUGCCAGAUGAUCAAGCCGUAAGAAUAUUCGUGAAAUUUGAGACACAAGCAGCUGCAUUAAAAGCAAAAAAAGACCUUAAUGGCCGUUUCUUUGGAGGUCGUUCUGUUACUGCCAAGUUUUAUGAUGAAUCAAGGUUUGACAAAUAUGAUUUGGUUUAG